GUUUGUCGACGAUGAUAAAAGAACACGGCUGGAGUUCACGCCAACUGACCCUGCGUACAUCAACAAACGACCAUGAAGCUCCAAUGAUUGCCCGGACUUCACCAUCACCGUAUUCCCACCCCGAACCAAUGGCGAUGUGAAUGUUGGAUAACAUGAGGUGAAGCGGUUUUCCAUGUCAGAAAACCAUUUCUUGGUCAACUGGGGCCUUGUGAGGCUUGCUCUGUUUGGGAAAAAUGCAAUGGAUAGGCAUAGCUUAAGAAGCAACUUGAGUGUGCAUGUUGUUAGUUCUUACUGGAAAAAAAAAGUAAGAGUUGUACUGAAUGUAUUUUAUUUGCUAGCACCCUUCAUGGCAUUCUAUGCAAUCCAGUUGAAAGCUGACGGAUUGUACACGAUGGCUGAAUUGGCUCGUGUGCAAUUCCCAAUGUCCAUUCUGGAACUGCCCAGCAUACUGUACAAACUUUACGCGCCUCAAAAAGACCUGAUUCAAUGUGUGCCUUGACGCGGGAGAAUGCCAUUUGCUCAUCUUGGAGGCGUGAUUCUCUGCUGACCAUCGAUAUCUUGUCUGUGUUUUGCAAGCUGAUAAUAAAAGAUACAAACACUUUAAAAUAAA